GAAUCCCCAUGUCAGGUUUGCAAUGGAGAUUCCAUUGGCAAAAACGGAAGCUUUUCGACAGAGAUCGUUCAGGACAAAUCGUUCGACCCAUCAAUGUCUUCUUCAUCUUCUGCAUUCUAGUUAUUGUGGAGCAUCUUAGAGAAAGUUUGAUUAAACGAGAUAGUCAAGUGUUACUGCGAGCUUGUGAUAAUAAAUCGCAGAGUCCUUGAUAUCGGCAUAAAAAAGCUUCCAACGGAUCGACAGAAUUGAGUGCCGUAGGCACAUGAACAUGAAUGGCUUGUGAGAUAGAAAAAGCGAAAUCAGGUAAAUUUUUGACAUGUCAAUCAGCCAAUAUCCACGUAUUCAAAUAACUCGAGUCAUGCCAGACAUUCCUUCUCCGAAGAAGCGUUCUAAGAGCGGCUUUUGAGACGCUAAUCGUAGAAGAAGAGCAGGAGCA